AUGGAUACUACAAUUACAUGUGGGGACAUCACCCACCAUGCGCAUGGCAAGUACUCAUGUGCAACGACCAAUGUUGUCAAUCUCAUACGCUGCAGGCAAGGAUACCCUAAGGCACGGUAUAUCGGGGAAGACAACAAGAAGAAUAUUAUAUUUGGAGAUAUUGCAGCUGGAAGUUCCAAAAAUGCCAAGAAAUGUUUAUUUGGUCCCAGGUCAUGCCUGUGGCCUCGUUCAAGAGAUGGGAUUGUUUAUAUACCAUAUACAAUUGACCAACGUUACAGUAAAUAUCAUCAAGGUAUAAUACAGCACUCUAUGAAAGAGUUUGAUUAUCUAACAUGCAUUAAGUUUGUCUAUAGACGAUAUGAAAGAAAUUACAUUAAAAUUAUUUCAAAAAAUGGCUGCUGGGCAAAUGUGGGAUAUAAUAAACGCAUACAGUUUGUUUCAUUGGAUAGAAAUGGCUGUAUUCGACCUGGCAUUAUACAACAUGAGUUACUCCACACAAUUGGUUUUAAUCAUGAACAAAAUAGAAGUGACCGUGACGACUAUGUAACCAUCAUUUAUAAAAAUAUUGUUAAAGGAGCAGAAUACAAUUUUGUAAAAAUGGAUACCAAUAACUUGGGGACAAUGUACGAUUAUUCUUCAGUCAUGCAUUAUGGGAGAUAUGCUUUUUCUAAAGAUCGAAGAAGUGUUACCAUUAUCCCGAAACCAAAUUCAAGGGUAUAUAUUGGACAACGUUAUGGAAUGUCUCACCUUGAUACUUUGAAGGUUAACAAGCUGUAUAAUUGCAAAAUAUGCGGAGGACUAUACAGACAUGAACCAGGAAAAUUCACCUCUCCAAAUUUCCCAAACUUAUAUCCGAACAAUGCUCGUUGCACAUGGAUAUUUAAAACAUCUCAUAAUAGAAAACAUGUUUUCAUACAGUUUACAAAAUUUCAAGUAGAAGAGUUUAUAAACUGCUACAGUGACCGAGUAAUAAUUCAUGACGGUGACGAUGCACUUGCUCCAGUCCUGGAAGGGCCAACUUGUGGUGGAGAGAAUCCAGCAGUGAUAUCAACUAGAAAAUCAUUAUUUGUUCAAUUUUACAGUGCCCAGUCAUGGCAAGCAUAUGGCUUCAGUGCAAAAUAUGAAUUUGGUAAUAUUGUCUUCAAAUUAUAA